AUGUUCGCCAGAACGUACGCUGGACGACACGCAACAAACGCCAUCUACCACCAAUCCACUCCCACCACUGCGAAUCUCCUCGCUUCAAACGUUACUACACGAGGAAUGGCUGAUUUCACCAUGGCUCAAUUGAAAGAACUUCGAGCAUUGUCUGGUGCUCCAAUGAUGGAGUGCAAGAAAGCUCUUGGAGAAGUCAAAGGCGACGUCCAAGAAGCAAUGGAUUGGUUGCGAAAACAUGGUGCCGCGAAGGCCUCUCAAAAAGUCAGCGGACGAGAUGCUGAAGAAGGGCUGGUUUCCUGUACUGUUUCGGCGGAUAGGAAGUCAGCUGCCAUCGUCAAGAUCUCAUCCGAGACUGACUUUGCGGGCAAAUCUCCAGCCUUUGUAAAUUUUGUGACGCAUGUUGCCAGUGCAACUCUGCAAAGCGGAGAAGCUGGAAGUAUUGAGGCCGAUAAUGUACUCCCACUCGAGUCCGAUUCUAAAUCAGUUCAAUUGGCUUUGGAAGAGGCCAUGAUUGCAAUUCGCGAAAACUUGGGAAUCUCGUCAGCCACCAAGUUAGUCACUGAAGAUGGAAUCCUUGUAUCGUAUGUUCAUGGGCGCGUCAACAACUCGGAUGCAGGAUCGGCAGCAGCAAUCGUGGAACUUAUUGGAAGUGCUGAUGAAGAAACUAUGAUAGAUGCAGGAAAGAAACUAGCCAUGCACAUUGUUGCAGCCAAGCCAAGCUACUUGAGCCCUGAAGACGUCCCAGAAGAGGCGGUGAACAAAGAAAAGGAAGUGCUCGAAAGUCAGAUCGCUGGUACCAACAAGCCACCAGAAGUCAUGGAGAAGAUUGUCAACGGCAAAUUGAGGAAGUUCUACUCAGAAGUCUGUUUGACAGAACAAGAACACAUGGUGGAAGAGAAAACGACGGUUGCCAAAGCACUCAAGAAGCUUGGACUAGAAGUGAAACGAUUCGAAAGUGCCUUCAUCUAA